UCCGGUCCAAUUAGAAAACCACAUGCCCAAGAUCUGGAAUGACCUAACCCUACUGCCGGUGGACCAAUUUAACUCUCAGCCAUACGGUCGUAAGCUAUACUGCUCUCUCCGUUUCCAGCUCCUCUUCACCUUCACCUUAGGUCGGACGCAGUCUAAUAUCCGGAGGUUUGUCGAUUAUUUCUGACUGUUUUCUUAUUUUAUCUUAUUUUGUAUGUUCGUACAUAUCUUUUUAUAUCAUGUCAGCAGUGAAUAGAUAAACCUUAAAGGGUGUUGUUCAGCUUCGUUCUUUAUCUAUCAUUUCAGUUAAACGAUGAAUAUUUUUCUAAAUUGAGGAGUUGUAAUAAAAAGUAAUAAGUUUUGGCUGAUAAUCUGAUAUAUCGUAAUGAUUGUUUUGGCUUUCAGCGUACUCAUUAAUGUUCACAUUGGUCACUAAUUGUUCAUUUAUGAACUUUUGUUUUAAUUUGUAGUAAUGGCAUUCUGCAACAGACUCGGUAGUCUUGUUAAGACUUGUGUUUCUAAACACAAUGCAACACAUGCUCCCGUGCAAGUAGCCACCAUGUUUGGUGCUCUACGAUGCAUGUCAUCAAAACUUUUUGUUGGUGGACUUUCAUAUGGGACCGAUGAUUAUUCCCUAAAGAAUGCUUUCUCUGGUUAUGGCGAGGUUGUGGAAGCAAGGGUUAUUACGGACAGAGAUUCUGGGAGGUCACGAGGAUUCGGGUUUGUGAAUUUUACUGACGAUAAAUCAGCGGAGGAAGCACUCUCCAAUAUGGAUGGAAAGCAACUUGACGGAAGAAACAUUCGUGUCUCUAUUGCUCAGGAGAGGUCUAGUCCUCGUGCCGGUGGGUUUGACCGCAGCAAUGAUGGAUAUUAAGUUGAGAUACAGUUUUGCAUAGUUCUGUAUGUGCAUCAGUGCAUGACAUUUGAAGUUUUAUGGAUUAAUUCGUGCAAUUGUUUCUUGGUUUAACCUAAUGGCUCCCUUCUUGAAAUCUGAAACAAUGAAAUCGUGCAAUUGUUUCUUAGGUCGUUCUCUCUCAUGGAUGUCAUUACUAAAUCUAUGAGUUUCUAAAAAUGUUUUUUUGCGAUUAUAUUUGAAUAUCUCUGUACUUUUUCCUGGCAAUGAAUCAGUGUGAUUUAAGAUUUAUUUCGGAAGAACUUACCU